GAAAGAACAUCCCCACUGCAACAUUAAAAAAGCAAGAAGGGCUGAAGUCAACUUUCUGCCAAACUUCCCAAGAGGACAAGACGAGGACAGCUUGGAGGCAAUGAGAACAGUGAUCAAAGAGGAAGUAGAUAAAGCCGAGAGGAACCUACUAUCAAUAGAGAAACUCAUGCAUACAACCUUUGCACUUCGUCGCCAGGAAAUUGUUCAGGGCGAGCCAUUGGUGAAGGACUUUCUGGAGAGAUGGCCUGCCCUUCAGAUCCAGUCACAGAUCUGUGCCAAAUUCCACAGAAUCACAAAUGUAAAUUUAAGAAACCAGUUUUAUGCAGAACUGGAUCGACAGAUUCCACGCCUCAUAGAACUUUACACAAGGAAGGCAGCUCGUACUGGAAGGGUGGCGGGAGCACUGCGACACAUCCUACAGUAUUAUGAAACUGAGGAUGUGCAAGAUAUCAACAUGAAACGCACUGUGGCCCUUCGUUGUCUCUCAGUAUACUUGCUGGAAGAGGAUGCACAGUUUUUCAAGACUUGGAACAGUGAGGAAUCAGAGGAGCCGGACAUCGGGAACACACCCAUUGGGAUUCUCACGGAGAUCAGAGGAAGAAGUGCAUCUCCACUUCACUUCAGUCCUAUAUCGACAGCCAUUGUGGUUGAAGAUGAAUUUGUCAUGAGGGACAUUACCACUUUUGCUGAUGCAUAUGUGUUGCUGUUUGGGCUGGUUUAUGCUUUGCAUCUGGACUACCCAAAGAAGCUUGUUGGCACCUUCACCUUCAUUCAGAAGCUGCUCAUGGGUUUGGAUGAUGGUGCACCCCUGAAACCUUCUCUGCUAUCUUUGAAAAAUGACCUGCUGUCAAUGUAGACAAUAUGUAAUUGUCCUCCAUUCCUUCCUUUCUUUUUUCUUCCCACCAUCAUUUCCUUCUUCUUCCUAGACCC